AUGUUGGUAGCUUUUCAAACAACUGCGGCAGUUCUGAAGAUUCUACUCGUCGCUGCCGCUCUAUACGUCGAUGCACAAGCUCAAGACGGACUAUUUUCCGGUGACGAGGAACGGACGGAAUGGUCGCUGUGGUCGUCGUGGUCUUGCACUGUUACUUGCGGAAGUAACGGCAACUACACGAGGACUCGAGACUGCGUGCGUGUCGACGGCAUGUCGGUGAGCGACGACGCAGCCGAGGCUGUCUGCGACGGUGUGCGCGAAGAGUCAAAGAAGUGUCCGUAUUUAAGACCGUGUCCUGGUGGUUGGGCCGAAUGGAGCGAAUGGAGGGAGUGCUCGGAAACGUGCGGCGUAGGCUUCCGCGAACGCACACGAAACUGCGAAAGCGGCGACAUUGACGAGUGUCCGGGCGAGAGUGUCGACAGCGUAUCCUGCAACCUAACUCUCGUCUGCCCUACAGAUGGCAACUGGGGUGGAUGGUCGCCUUGGUCGCCGUGCAGUACGUCCUGCGGUGAAACCGGAAUCACAACCCGCUGGAGAGAAUGCAACAACCCUUUUCCUCAGUCCGAUGGUAAACCAUGCGAGGGGCCACGAGAACAAACCGCAAGAUGCAACGUCAAGUGUUGCCCGCAAGACGGCGGGUGGGGAGGCUGGAACGCUUGGGGAAAGUGCACGAGAACGUGCGGCAUUGCUGGAGCGAGGAUUCGCAAACGACUCUGCAAUAACCCGACACCCUCGCCCGAGCCGUGUCCCGGUACAUCUUGCCCUGGAAACGACACCAACCUACAAGAGUGCAACAGAAAACCGUGUCCCAUUGACGGCGGUUGGUGCGGCUGGUCGUCUUGGACUAUUUGUAGCACGACGUGCGAUCAAGGUGUUCAGCGGAGAUCCCGUUCGUGCACCAGUCCUCAACCAGACAACGCUGGCCAACCUUGUUCGGGCGACAACACCGAAGCUCGAACAUGCGUGAUGGCGCCCUUCUGCCCAAUGAUUUCCGAGUGGUCUCAGUGGACUCCGGUUUCUCGCUGUCCGGACGAGUGCGAACCAGGCGUGAUGUACUUCGUUCGCCAAUGCCUUCCCGGAAUGUUCAACUUCGGCGCGUCGAGCUGUCCAGGCAACGCGUCAAUGGCGACGGUAUGCGACGUUGGGCAGUGUCCACCCGCUGGUGGUUGGAGCUACUGGUCAUGUUGGUCGUCGUGCUCGGUCUCUUGCGGACGAGGCGUCCGAACUCGCAAUCGUCACUGCAAUCAUCCGACGCCUCUCGUAGGCGGCCAGUGCAACGGCUCGCGCGAGGAAAAUGAGGAGUGCAUCGGUGUGAUGGAAGAGUGUCCGAUAGACGGCGGAUGGUCAUCCUGGGAAGACUGGGGUAGUUGCUCUCAUACGUGCGGACGAGGAUUCCGAUAUCGAUUCCGUCGGUGCGACAACCCGACACGAUCCGAAACCGGUAGCUACUGUUCGGGGACAAACCGUGAGAAAGAGACGUGCGGAACGGAUUUGUGCGCCGUCGAUGGCGAAUGGAGCGCUUGGGGAUGUUGGAGUUCCUGCUCGGUGACGUGCGGUCUCGACGGCGUGAGAACUCGAGAGCGACGCUGCUCGAAUUCCGUCAACGGACGCCGAAACGAUUGCGCCGGUUCUUCUCUCGACGUGACGGGAUGUGCCGGCAUGCCGCCGUGUGCCGUCAACGGCGGCUGGUGUCCGUGGACUGAAUGGAGCGUUUUUGACAAGACGUGCGGAAAGGACGCGGCGCGAUAUCGCAGACGCUACUGUACGGAACCGACGCCGGAAAACGGCGGCCGCAACUGUGACGGCGCGGCGACGGAUGUUCGAGUCGCCGAUCUGGAAUCUUGCGUCGAGGACGGAGAGUGGUCGCAAUGGUCGUGCUGGUCGAGCUGUUCCGCUCUUUGCGGCGACGGCACGACGGCACGAGAACGACGCUGCAUCGUACCCGUCGAAGGCGGGAGAGCAUGCGAAGGACCAAUCAGACAGACGCAUGUCUGCAACAGAGGAUCGUGCCCAAUCAAUGGCAGAUGGAGUAGUUGGACGGAGUGGACGAUCUGCUCGAAAACAUGCGGCCGGGGCGUUCAAAACCGAAGUCGAUCGUGCAGCGAGCCUGCACCGUCGCACGGCGGUCUACAAUGCGACGAUCAACGAAAUCAGGUCCGCUCGUGCUCUCCGGACGCGUGCAGUGUCGACGGCGGCUGGUCGACGUGGUCGUGUUGGUCGAGCUGCAGCGUGACGUGCGGCGUCGGCGAGAGAAACAGAAAUCGAAGCUGUAGUAAUCCUCGUCCGACCGGCGGCGGGCUGCGUUGUCAAGGCGACGAGACAGAGACGAGCGAAUGCGAGGCGUCGUUUCACUGCGGACGAGACGGAGGGUUUUCGGAGUGGGGAACUUGGAGUAAUUGCUCGCGAACGUGCAACGGCGGCCUGCGGAAACGAUAUCGGACGUGUAGCAGUCCGGUUCCAGUUUCAGAUGGUCGGGACUGCGACGGUCCGCGAACCGAGUUCGAAGAGUGUCGGAAAGACGUUCCUUGCCCGUGCGACGGGCAAUGGGGCGACUGGGCUGAAUGGUCGGGUUGUAAUGAGACGAUGUGCGGCAUGCAAGGCCUCCGGGAGCGUCUGAGGGCGUGCGACAAUCCGCCGCCGGCCCAUGGAGGAAACUACUGCAAGGGCAUCAGCACGCAAGACAGCAACUGCAUUACUCCCCCUUGCCGCAGUAUAGCAUUUCGCUUGGGGACAGGAAGACCUACCGUCAUCGGAUUCGACUGA